AUGACUAAGCUGCACACUUCCGUGGCUGCCUUACAACUUGUCGAGAAAGGACUGGUGACGGUCGAUGAGGACGUUUCACGUCUCCUUCCCUCCUUCGCGGAGAAGGAGAUCUUGACCGGUUUUGGCGACGACGGAGCGCCCAGCACACGCAAGCGCAAGAACCCCAUCACGCUUCGUCUCUUGCUCACGCACAGCGCCGGGGCCGGCUACGAUUUCAUGAGUGGUGAUUUGGCUAAGGUCUCAAAAUUGAGGGGCCCGCCGAAGAAUCCCGGGACCAUCGACGACGCGUUCGACUUGCCGCUCCUGUACGAGCCUGGCGAGGCCUACGCGUAUAGCAGCAGCAUCGACCGUGUCGGCCAGGUCAUCGAGAAGCUAACAGGUCAAAAGCUCGAGGACUACAUGAGACAGAACAUAUGGGAACCAUUGGGGAUGGAGAACACGACCUUCUUCGUCGACAACCACCCCGAAAUCAAGGCCAGGAGGGUCCCUAUGGCCUUCCGCGCGGACCCUUCCCAGCCCGUAGUGGAAAACGCCGAUAGGAAAACGUUCACCACGGGUCUUAAGGAGGCAUUCGGCGGACAGGGCCUGCUAUCCAGCAUCAAGGACUACAUUAAGAUACUGCACUCGCUGCUCGUGGAUGACGAGAAGCUGCUGAAGAAGGAGACGGCGGCCGCGUUGUUCCAACCGCAGUUGACACCGGCAAGCAAGGCGUCCCUGCUUGAGCAGAUGAAGAACCCGGAAUGGGCGGUAGGGGACUGGCCGCUGACCAAUGAGUACGACUGGGGCUUGGGCGGGAUUCUGGUCGACGGCGAUAAACACCCAUACCGCAAGAGAGGCGCCUUGCUGUGGGGCGGGGCGGCUAACUUGACUUGGUUCAUCGACCGCACCGCUGGCGUGUGCGGCACGUUUGGCACGCAGGUCAUGCCGCCGUCGGAUCCUCAAGUACGACCUAUAUUCAAGGCCUUCGAGGAGGAGACCUAUCGGCGAGCAGGCAAGCUAUGA